CAAAGUCUAUAUUAUAAUAAUUUAUCAAUAUAUAAAUAAAUAACAUACCAACUAACAAUUUAUUGAUAUGAUUUUAAAAUUUGACAAAAGUUAUUAUCAGUUCUGAGAUGAAAUUUCGUUUAAAUGUAAUUGAAAAUAAGUUUUGUAGUAUUCACCAAUAAGACUGACAAAUUCCCAGUAUUAAUCAAUUUUCAGAAAAUCUUGUCCAUAAUGUCUGAUAAUGUAGAGCUUCAGCAAUUAGUGGAUGAAGAUGAGAGUGAAGAACCUAAAAGUGAGGAGAACGCAUGGAAAUUCAGCAGUUUUCAUUGCCCUUAUCUGGGAUUGUUACUAGCAACAUUAAGUUCCCUCUUUUUUUCAUUAUGUUCAGUAAUAGUGAAAUUUACAACAGACAUAGAUCCAAUGGCUCUUGCAGCAUAUAGGUAUUUAGGUGUAUUAUUACCAGCUAUUCCUAUUGUGAUAUAUCGUCAGGAAGAAAUUCUGCCUAAGGGAAAAAGAAUAAUACUUUUUUUGAGAUCCUUUACAGGAACAGCGGCUUUGAUGCUGAGCUUUUAUGCUUUUCGCCACAUGCCUUUGGCAGAUGCAUCAGUAAUUGUAUUUUCUGUACCAGUAUUCACAGCAAUUUUUGCUAAAAUGUUUCUUAAAGAACCUUGUGGAAUAUUUAAUAUUUUUUCUGUGAUUUUAACAUUGAUUGGUGUUGUUCUUAUCACUAGACCCACAUCACUUUUUGGAAAUACAGUUGAAUCUUUGGGGAAUUCAAAUGAAAAGACAGAUAUUUGGGUUGGUGUAGCAGCAUUUUCUGCUACUUUAUUUGGUGCAAAUGCUUAUGUGUUGCUUCGAGCUCUCAAGUCCAUACAUUUUUCUGUAAUAAUGACAAAUUUUGGAUCAUUUGCACUGGUUCAGUGUGUAAUGGUGAGUUUUUUUAUCGGUGCCCUAUGUUUACCCCCUUGCGGAUCUGACAGAUACCUUAUUGUAGCUUUGGCAAUUUUCAGUUUUCUUGGGCAGAUAUUGUUAACUCUAGCCUUACAGUUAGAACAAGCUGGUCCAGUGGCCAUAGCUAGAAGUAGCGAUAUUGUUUUUGCUUUCAUAUGGCAGGUAAUGUUUUUCAAUGAGAUUCCUAAUAUGUUUUCAAUAGGUGGGGCCAUUUUAGUCAUGAGUUCAGUUCUUUUGACAGGUUUGAGGAAGUGGAUUCUUUCAUUACCUCACGAUGCUAGUCUUAGGAGGAAACUUUAUGUUUUGACAAAAUAAAGUUGUUCCUUUAGUGUUUUUAUAGUAUUUUUGUUAGAUAUAUUUUUCAGGAAUGAUACAUUCAUUGUAUUGAUUUCAAUUUUCAAUAUUGGUGAAUUCUUGAUACACCAUUUCUAUGUGUUCUAUAGUUUCUUGGAAGUCAGGUGCAGUAUUAUACGUUUUUAUGAAAACUUAAUAUUCUAGUCAUAUUAUACUAAGUCCAAUCUUGCUAAGGUGAAAGGAGCUUCUGAGGGUUUUUCAGAAAUCAUUUUAAUUUGUAAAUGGAAUGUUAUACAAUAUUCCUGUUAUAUAUUUACAAAUAUGUAAUAGUAAUUUUUCAAUCUCAAAUACUGAAUGGAUAUGAAAGAACUUUGCAAUUUCAGUUAUUGAAUAGAGUUCCAUUGUUUCUUGGAAGUCAGGUUCAGUAUUAUACGUUUUUAUGAAAACAUAAUAUUCUAGUCAUAUUAUACUAAGUCCAUAUUGCUAAGGUGAAAAGAGCUUCUGAGGGUUUUUCAGAAAUCAUUUUAUUAUGUAAAUGGAAUGUUAUUCAAUAUUCCUGUUAUAUAUUUACAAAUAUGUAAUAGUAAUUUUUCAAUCUCAAAUACUAAAUGGAUAUGAAAGAACCUUGCAAUUUCAGUUGUUGAAGAGAGGCAUAAAUUAUGAUAUUAUUGGUAAUGCUGCUGAUAUCAACUAUACAAAUUUAAGAUAGAGUUAUUUCAUUUGAUUUUUGAUGAAAUUAAAUUCAGCAAAAAAAAAAUUACAUGGAUUUACUUCACAUGAUAUCUGUGAAUUACCUAUAUUCAUCAACAAUUAAUUUGAAGGUUCUGACUAACAAAUUGAAUAUUGCGACAUAAAGCUUCAAUUUGCAACAUUCAUCUCAUUGAAUGUUUUACUUUGCUUGUGGAUAUUAUAUAUUUCAUGAACAAUUUUUUUUAGAAAUUAUAACAUGGUUUAUUAAAUUACGAUUAUUACACUUCACAACAUCAAACAUAUCAAAUUUCUCUACUUAAAACAGAAUAAUGAUGUAUUAUGUUGUUUAAUUGGUUUUUAGUGGUAUGAUGUAUCCAAACCAGUGUUGAUUUAUUUCAUAACUAGACCGAGUUGGAUAUUAUGUUUUUCCUAUUUAUCUGAUCUAUUUACAACAUAUGAAUACUGUAGGCUAUUCAUAUUAGAAGUACCAUGACCUUAUAAAACAUUCAAGCAUUGUUCAAGUUUAGGCGUGAGGUCAUUUUAUAUUUAAAAUGAAUAUACUAUAUAUUUUAUGUCUGUAAUCUCAACAUACUUUGUUUUCCAAUGAAAAAUUGGUUAAAAUAUUCCCUUUUUCGAAAAGAGAUUUUCAUAUUUAAUUAUAACACUCAACUUUAUAUACAUUUGAAUAGUGGUUCAAGGCCUUGUAUCAUUUUAAAAUUUUAUUGUAUGUUGGAAUAUAAUCUAGUCAUUUGUACCAAUGUGAUAUAAUUUAUUUUUUAUUUAUUUGUGAAAAAUAAAGAUUUUCAGUAAGCUAUAGCUUAAA